UCCAUUUCCCCCACAAGCUCUCUCUCUCCCACCCCCCACCAACAAUGGCCGCGGCACCUCUCCUUCUUCCCCUUUCUCCUCCUACUCCUCCUCCUCCUCCACUCCUUCCCUCUCCCCCCACCUCCUCCGCCGCCGCCGCGGCGCUCUCUCCGCGCUCCGCCGCGCCAUCGCCGCGCACCGCUACGCUCUCCCAGCGCGCCGCCGCGCAACUCCACGCGCGCGGCCUCCGUCUCGGCGACCCCUCCCUCUCUGCGCGCCUCAUCGCCCACUACGCCGCCGCCUCCUCCACCUCCGCCGCCGCGGCCGCGGCGUCCCUCCUCCCCUCUGUCGCCCCCGACCACCCCCUCGCCACCUUCGCCUUCAACUCUCUCAUCCGCGCCCUCGCCUCCUCCUCCUCCGAUCCCCGCGGCCCCGCCCUCGCCCUUGCCCUCGAUCUCUUCCUCCUCAUGCUCCGCUCCCACCUUCGCCCCAACGAGUUCACCUUCCCCUUCGCCCUCAAAUCGGCCGCCGCGCUUGACCUCCUCCCCCUGGGGCACCAAAUCCACUCCUCGCUCCUCAAAUCCGGCCUCUUCCCCUCCAACGUCUUCUGCGCCAGCGCCCUCCUCGACCUCUAUGUGAAACUCGCGACUCUAGGUGAUGCCCGCUUGGUGUUCGAUCGAAUUCCCCACAGAACCGCCGUGACAUGGAACUCUAUGAUCUGCGCCUACGCGCAAAAUGGGUUCUUGGAGGAGGCGCUGAGGUUGAUGGAUUCGAUGGCAGAGUCCGGUUUGGAUGUCGGAGUUACUAGCUGGAAUUCGAUUGUUGCGGGUUGCGUUCGAUUCGGGGAUGUCGAGCUCGCGCUGGAUGUGCUUGGGGAGAUGAUUUCAGUUGGUGGGGUGGGACCCAACCCGGCUACGUUCAAUACCAUGCUUUCGUUGAUCCCCUUUGUCCCUUCCUUGGAUCGAAUUAAGGAGUUGCAUGCCUUCACUCUGAGGAAUGUAGAAGUGGUAGGUUUCGAUUCGGUAGAUAUUGAUAGGUUGUGGUCGUCGAUUGCUUCUGGUUAUGCCUUCCAUGGAUGCAUGAGCUACGCUUCUCGACUGUAUCGUGAAGUCACAUUGAAGACAUUCCAGUUGUCAAAUUCGAUGAUCUCAGGGUUUCUUGAUUCUGGGCAGACACAUGAGGCGUUCGAUGUGUUCCGUGAAAUGGCAUUUCAAUGCUGCCGUGAAGCGCAAAGUCUAUCUCCAGUUUCACUCACCAUGAUCCUUCCAGCUUGUGAUUCGUUAUCUAAAAGUGGUUUGGAGAUCCAUGCUUAUGCUUACCGAAGAGGAAUGCAAUCCCAUACGUCCGUGAGCAAUGCUCUCAUGGCCAUGUACGCCAAGAGAGGCGACAGAGAAAGGGCUGAUAAGGUUUUUCAAGAGAGUCCGGAGAAGGACGUCGUGUCGUGGAAUACAAUGAUUUCGAGCUGUGCUAUGACUAAUGAUUUUGAUAGUGCUUUCGAUCUUUUUCAGGAAUUGCUUGCGGACGGCAUUAGGCCUGAUGAGUACUCAUACAGUUCCGUGCUUAAUGGAUGUGGUAUCUCAGCCCAUCUCAGACAAGGAAUGGCCUUACAUGGCCAAAUUGUAAAAUCUGGCUUAUAUCAUUCUUACCCAGUUGUCCAAAAUGCUUUAAUGGAUGCUUAUGGGAAAUGUGGGUGUACUGAGUAUGCUCAAAAGGUCUUUGAUGAGGUAGAUGCUAAAGAUACUAUUUCUUGGAACACUAUAAUCUCAUCUUACGGUUUCAAUACUCGCCCUCACGAGGCCAUAUCUCUUUUUCAUGAAAUGCAAGAGUUAGGUUUUAAACCCAACCGUGUCACCUUCAUUGCACUCUUGUCAGCUUGUAGCCAUGCUGGUUUGAUUGAUAAGGGUUUGCAUUACUUCAAUACAAUGAGGAGCCACCAUGGUGUUGUUCCCGAUGUGGAUCACUAUGCUUGUAUAGUAGAUAGUUUAGGAAGAGCAGGUCAGCUCGAUCGAGCUCACCAAUUUAUCAAAGAUAUGCCUAUAGAGCCCGAUGAUUGUGUAUGGGGUGCUUUUCUUAGCAGCUGCAGGAUCCAUGGAAAUAUUGAGCUAGCAGAAAUUGCCGCCAAGAAGCUUAUUGAGUUGGAUCCACAGCAUUCAGGUUAUUGGGUUUUGCUGUCGAACGUAUACGCGGAUGCUUCUAGGUGGAGUGAUGUGGCACAUGUGCGAGCAGCCAUGAAGGACACUGGUGUCAUAAAGUGCCCGGGUUUUAGUUGGAUUGAAAUCGGAGGCAGUGAGGUGCACAGGUUCCUUACUGCCGACAAGUUCCAUGCAAGGAAACUGAGAAAGAAGACGUCAUAGUUGGCUGAGACAACUUUAUUGAAUUACGGAGUAAAAUGAGGUCAAACUAGCAUAUUCAUGCAAGCAAAAAGGCAAAAUUAACUCAGACAAACUAGCAGACCUGAAAUAGACGUUGCUGAGAACUUCAGGAUGACUCGUAGUUUGAUGGUCUUGCUAUUGGCAUCAUAGAGUGAUCAGAUGCAGAAAUAAAAAGUUGGGUCCUGAAGUGAUGGCUGUUUUCUCGUUUGAAAUGAACUUUUUGCAACAGAUAGGCGUGAGACAAAUGUAAAGAAUAUUUGAGAAAGCAACAAGAAGAUAAAGAACACAACCAUUUACAUGAUUUGGCUUUGAAUCCUAUAUUUAUGGGUGAAGGAGGAGAAAAGCUUUCGCUAUGAGAAAAGAUGCCAAAUCAUAGGGAUAAUCCUAGCCCUAGUAGAUUCUAUGCUCUUAAAACAAUAGCCAUAUAGAAACAAUGCGCAAGCAGAAAAGGGGUUGAUGGUUGAUACCCCAGUUGCUUCACAUUUCUUACUAAGUUCAUUUCUUAAAAAAAAAAAAAUGAACUGAGUGGAUCACAUACUAUCUCUCUCUCUCUCUCUCGCAAAACAAAGAGCAUGUGCAAAAGGAACAAAUCAUAAUAUGUUGGAAAAAACGCGAAAAGGAAAAGAAAAGGAAAGAAAAUGUCAGGAUCAAAUCAGUACUGCAUGGGCUUUAUCUUGACACCUCCAGAGAGGCGGGGGGAGAUUCAGGCUUGCACCUAUUGACCUUGGAAGAAAAUUGCCCUUCGUGCUUUUUCUGAAUAGUUUUGGGCUGCAACAUCAUGCUGGGGUUUCCAAUAUGGAGACACAUGUAGCAAUAUUUCAGUGGUGUAUACGUACCAAAGCUGUAACUUUGCAUGUGCCCUAAUUGCUUGAUGUUCAAAAUGAUGGUUUACUUCUUGAUUGGUGAAGGGAUAAUGUGGUAUUACUUGUAUUUACUGAAGGCGGGAAAGCCUGAGUUUAUCUAAUGCUAACAUGAAUCAUUUUAUAUAUUGUAUUUAUUCAGUUGAGAUGCAGUGCUUGAAGUAGUGAGUAUUAAGCUUCAUGUGGUUUUAAGGACUAAAAACUUGGGUUAAGAUGUUGCUGGUUGUAGUUGCAGUUUUGGUAAUGUACAGGGCCAUCUAAUGCAUACUGGUUUCUAUGAUGAAAUUAUGCCAGUUCAGAGUAAUGGCAUAUUUGUGA